AAUAAUGUUUGUGUCAUGUAUCCUGUCCUACAGGUCUAUGCAAUAUUAGUUAGUCACCCUCCUGCUCCCAACGAUCACCUAACACCAACACCCGUAUCAUACACAGCUGGCUUCUACAGGAUCCCUGUCAUUGGUCUGACAACACGCAUGUCUAUAUAUUCUGAUAAGAGCAUCCACCUGUCCUUUUUGCGCACAGUCCCACCAUACUCUCACCAGGCCAACGUCUGGUUUGAGAUGAUGAGAGUCUUCAACUGGAAUCACGUUAUCCUGAUAGUCAGUGACGACCACGAAGGUCGUGCUGCACAGAAGAAGCUGGAGACCCUCUUGGAGGAGAGAGAGUCCAAGAGUAAAAAAAGGAACUAUGAAAACCUCGACCAACUUUCCUAUGACAACAAGCGAGGACCCAAGGCUGAGAAAGUGCUUCAGUUUGACCCUGGAACCAAAAACGUGACAUCACUGCUGCUGGAGGCUAAGGAGCUGGAGGCGCGCGUCAUCAUCCUUUCUGCCAGUGAGGAUGAUGCGGCCACGGUGUACAGAUCAGCAGCUAUGCUCAAUAUGACAGGCUCCGGCUACGUGUGGCUGGUGGGGGAACGGGAGAUAUCGGGCAAUGCCCUGCGUUACGCCCCUGAUGGUGUGAUCGGUUUGCAGCUCAUCAAUGGGAAGAAUGAGUCAGCCCACAUCAGUGACGCUGUUGCGGUGGUGGCCCAGGCUGUGCAUGACUUGUUUGAGAAGGAGAAUAUCACAGACCCACCACGGGGCUGUGUGGGCAACACCAACAUCUGGAAGACAGGACCCCUUUUCAAGAGGGUGUUGAUGUCCUCCAAGUACUCAGAGGGUGUCACUGGACGGGUAGAGUUCAACGAGGAUGGGGACAGGAAGUUUGCCAACUACAGCAUCAUGAACCUGCAGAAUCGGAAACUGGUUCAAGUUGGGAUUUACAACGGCAGCCAUGUCUUGACCAACGACCGGAAGAUUAUCUGGCCAGGAGGAGAAACUGAGAAACCUCAAGGCUAUCAGAUGUCGACCAAGUUGAAGAUUGUGACAAUCCACCAAGAGCCCUUUGUAUAUGUGAAGCCCACGCAAGCAGAUGGGACAUGCAGGGAGGAAUUCACCAUCAAUGGAGAUCCUGUGAAAAAGGUCUUUUGCACUGGACCCAACGAGACCAUCCCAGAAGUGAGAACCCUGAAGUACACCAGCACCUGCUGCACUGGUACUAACACCAGUUUCACACCAUUUUAUAAUGGCCGCCCCACCGUGGCACUGUGCUGCUACGGCUUCUGCAUCGACCUGCUCAUCCGACUGGCAGGGGUGAUGAACUUCACCUAUGAGGUUCACCUGGUGGCUGAUGGUAAAUUUGGUACACAAGAGCGGGUUAACAACAGCAACAAGAAGGAGUGGAACGGGAUGAUGGGGGAGCUGCUGAGCGGCCAAGCAGACAUGAUUGUGGCUCCUCUCACCAUCAACAACGAGCGGGCACAGUACAUUGAGUUCUCCAAGCCCUUCAAGUACCAGGGCCUCACCAUCCUUGUGAAGAAGGAAAUCCCUCGCAGCACCUUGGACUCAUUCAUGCAGCCUUUCCAGAGCACACUUUGGCUGCUGGUGGGGCUGUCUGUGCACGUGGUGGCAGUGAUGUUGUACCUCUUAGACCGCUUCAGUCCAUUUGGCCGGUUCAAAGUAAACAGCGAGGAGGAGGAGGAAGAUGCCCUGACCCUCUCCUCAGCCAUGUGGUUCUCCUGGGGAGUCCUGCUGAACUCUGGCAUCGGAGAAGGUGCUCCCCGGAGUUUCUCUGCCCGUAUUCUUGGCAUGGUGUGGGCUGGCUUUGCUAUGAUCAUUGUGGCUUCAUACACUGCCAACCUGGCAGCCUUCCUGGUGUUAGACCGGCCUGAGGAGAGAAUUACGGGCAUUAAUGACCCCAGGCUGCGCAACCCCUCUGAUAAGUUCAUCUACGCCACAGUGAAGCAGAGCUCAGUGGACAUCUACUUCCGACGGCAGGUGGAGCUGAGCACCAUGUACCGGCAUAUGGAGAAGCACAACUAUGAGAGCGCUGCCGAAGCCAUCCAGGCAGUGAGGGACAACAAGCUCCACGCCUUCAUCUGGGACUCGGCGGUGCUGGAGUUCGAAGCCUCCCAGAAGUGUGACCUGGUGACAACGGGGGAGCUUUUCUUUCGUUCCGGCUUUGGGAUUGGGAUGCGCAAGGACAGUCCGUGGAAGCAGAACGUCUCCCUGGCCAUCCUCAAGUCCCACGAGAACGGCUUCAUGGAGGAUUUGGACAAGACUUGGGUGAGGUAUCAGGAGUGUGAUUCCCGUAGCAAUGCCCCAGCAACACUCACCUUUGAAAAUAUGGCAGGUGUGUUUAUGCUGGUGGCUGGAGGUAUUGUUGCCGGGAUAUUUUUAAUAUUCAUAGAAAUAGCUUACAAAAGGCAUAAGGACGCGCGGAGGAAGCAGAUGCAGCUGGCGUUUGCGGCCGUUAAUGUGUGGAGGAAAAACCUGCAGAGAGAACUGAGAAGGAGGAGCAAAUGUAUCCCCGAGCAUGCUCUACGCACCAGCGGGAUACAUUUUGGUUACCCCCGUGCGGUAGCAGAGCCAGACCUGGUCACUCCGUCCCCCGUCGGAAAGGUCACACUCAUUGGCACGAAAGCAAUUGGGGAGGAAUCGUUCUCAGCACCCGCCGCAGAGCGCGGCCGGUCCCCACGGCUCGCUGCCCCCGCACCAUGGCGGCUGGUGCUCCCAGCCUGCGCUAACCAGCAAUAUCAUCCCACCGACAUCACCGGCCAGCUCAACCUCUCCGACCCCUCAGUCAGCACUGUGGUGUGACCUUCUCCCCGAGGGCCAUCAGUCCUUGCCCAACACAGUAGGAAGGCACAGCCAGGACUGCCUUUCAAGGGACACUGAUGGGUUCUUCUGGGUGAGAUGGGAGGAAAGCAUCCUUCAUCCAUACACAGUGACUUCAUUGUAUAUCUCCCUCCCUUCCUAGGCCUGCUGCCAUGCUUGUGCCCCAGAACGCACGGCAGAACCAGGACACGGUUUGGAAUUCACUGUACAGAGAUAAUUGCUUCCAACCAGUGCUGUUGAUAAUCAGUAUUGCCACUGAUUGGCUACAUGCAAGGGGAAAGGACUUUGAAAGGCACAGGGUGUCUGCUCUCCCACAGCAGCAGGGAAGAACUGGUGUCAGACUACAAACAUGUGCUUCACUUUGCAGGCUUCAGGCUUCUCGGCACACACACAGCCCCCGAGACAUGUGUUCCAUGUCUCCCACCACCCCGGAGGGCUCCAAUGUGAUGUGGUCAUGGUCCUGAGUGGCUGGAGGAGCCGUUGCAGUUUGACAGGUUGGGCACAUGUUCCUGGUGUGCUGAGUGACCCCCGCCUCUGCAGCAGGGGCUGAAAGAUGUGAGUUCUUCUCCUUGCAGAGGAUGAACCCCCUGUUCCUCCCUCCCAUCAGCCCGUGGCUAUGUCCUGGCUCCUAUACGUGGUCUGUUUGCAGCAGGAUGCUCCCAGCCCUGCAGCCCACCCUCCUGUCCUCACUGUGGUACUCUGGAGCCACCAAGAUCCUGGCUACCCACCUCUCCUGCACAGAAGACAUCCCCAGGACAUGGCCAUGACCAGCAUGUAGCUCUUACACCAUGACUUUCCUGGCCAGGAACAUCUCCAUGGGGAAUGGCUCUGGAUGGUUGCAUGGACUUUUAGCCAAGCUCCACACUGCCUCAGCACCAGCAAUGCAAGGAGAGAUGCUGCUGGCCGGACGUGGAUUGCUGUGUGCUGUGGUGUCUGCAGCAGCCACUUAGCUUGCCUGCAGUACCAGGGCACCACAGCAGGCACUGGCAGAUUCCCUGCCACACUCACCUGCAGUUCAAGAUUGCCAGUAGCUCCUGCAGCAUCCCUGAAGACCCAGCUCAUGUGGCUGCAUCUGUCUGAACCUGGAGAUGUGGAAAUCGCAUCCCAGCCUGGGAGAAGGGAACUAAACAAGACAGGCUGAGCUGUUCCUCCCCACACCUUCCUCCACUCAAGGAUACGUUCCCAUGUGCCAGCAUCCCUGCACACCCUCUCCAUGGGCUCUGUGAGUGAGUGCAGAGACACCAGAGUUGGGGAAGUAUCUGGCACCAGCCAGGCUGGUGAUGAGCAGCUACGGCAAAUGCACGGGCAAUAUCACAUCCCGCCUCCUGCGAAGGCGGAAAACCCACCUGCAACGUGGUACCAAGUCCCAGCAGCAUGAACUGCCUUCUCCUUGUCCCCACUGAGCAGAUGGGGCUUCUCCCUGAGGGUCAGCAGACUUUGCAGGCAGGAUUUUCAGACGGCAGCUGAGGUCUGUGAGCAUCGUCCCACUGGCUGCAGUGGCUCCAUCAAGUUCAUCUUGCUCCAGCUGAGAAAUUGGACCCAUUCUACUUUAUACGUCAAUGUAACAUUAAUACCAAGUUUUUGCAAGAGCUCAGUAAAGUCUAGACUGGAUCAUGAAAUGGUUUA